AUGUUGCAAAUUUACAAGGAGCUUGACGUCGCCGUCCCCGCCGACGUUUCCGUCAGCGUCUCGUCGCGCGUCUUCACCGUCAAGGGUCCCCGUGGUGAACUCACUAAGUCGCUCAAGCACAUGAACCUUGAUGCCCGUAUCAUCAAGAGCCCCACUGGCCAGAAGGUCAAGUUCGUCGUGUGGCACGCUGGGCGCAAGCACGCUGCGUGCCUGCGAACUGCCGGUGCCACGGUCGCCAACAUGUUCAAGGGUGUCACCAAGGGCUUCCAGUACAAGAUGCGUGCGGUCUACGCCCAUUUCCCCAUCAACAUCAUCAUUGCCGGUGACAAGAAGUCGGCCGAGAUCCGCAACUUCCUGGGCGAGAAGCGCGUGCGCAACAUUGUCAUGCUCGAGGGUGUGACGAUUCAGGAGGACAAGGCGCAGAAGGACCAGGUGCUGGUCGAGGGCAACGACAUUGACCUCGUCUCGCAGUCGGCUGCUCUUCUCCACGGCGCCACGCUCGUGCGCAACAAGGAUAUCCGAAAGUUCUUGGACGGCAUCUACUGCACCGGCAAGGACACCGUUGUCAAGGCCGAGGCUUAA